GCCACCAGCGCUGCCACAUGAACGACACCGUGAAAAUGCUAUCUAAGAAGGAGAUUCUUGCGACUUUCGACCAGCUGGUGUCAGACGGAGUCAUCAUUUACGGACCACACGAGGUCAUUGAACACGAUUGCGAAGGAUAUCCACUGGAAUUCCGCGUCUGCCCCUCCAUUGCCAAUAAGCCACACAAGGUUGGUGCAGACCUCACUUCUGCCUUUAACAUGAGCCGGAAAUGGGGGCCAGGAAGCGACAUGUAUUGCGUUGACGAACGCUUGAAGCUCGCCAAGUUGAACGACUCUCACUAUUUAGUCUUCAAUCUCUUCUGCGUGGACAAACCCCAGUUUGUGCUGCUGACUCUGGAUUCUUACCGAAGGCAACAUGAGCCUAUGGACCAGGACGACUUCGAAGCUGCGUUGAAGGUGUUAACAUCUCUGGAUGACAUGUAUGUCAUCUACAACUGCACCGAAGCUGCGGGAUGCAGUCGUGUACAUAAGCAUAUGCAGGGUUUGCAAGGCCCACCCAGAGCAUUCGAAUCAUUCAUACACGGCGAGAAAACGGAGUCGAAGAUUCCAUUCCGACACUUUGCUCACCGAUUCAGCGAAGGGUUUGAUGCGACUUCGGCAUCAGACUUGUCGGCCAUUUACGAGACGUUUCUUGGCCAGGCAAAACAGGCAUUGGGGCUGUCGCAAACUGACGAUGUCUGUCCUCACAACGUUGUCCUCUGGAGGGAUUGGAUCAUCGUGGUUCCUAGGAGAUCUGCGGCGAUGGGUCGGGCGAGCGCCAACGCUGCAGGGAUGUUGGGAUCCAUUUGGCUGCCAGAAAAAGGUCUUGUAGAUGAGUGGAUGAGGUUAGGAUGUAGCAACGUGCUAAAAGCCCUUGGCGUUUAG